CGCCCACCUUCUCUGGAUAGCUAUGUGGGCAUUAAGAAUUCACCAUCUCCUUUGAUAUAUCGAGUGAGAGUGAGCACUUUGCUUCCACCUUCCGUCUAUGGCAAGGGCACUCUCUCUCUAUAUAAAGCACUGAAUCACUGAUCCAAGUCCACCAAAAGAAGUGUUUAAACACAGCUCGAGAAAUUCGGCAUGAGAGGCCUUUCUGUUUUCUUAUUACGUUCCUUCCUCUGCCUCCUUGUUUCGCACCCGGGUGACGCCGCUCGAGCAAACGAGGAUGGUGACGGCAUUUACAUAGUUUACAUGGGCACGGUGUCCUUGGGCAAGAGUGCUUCGGGGAUUGAACCUACGGAACUUCUGAAGUCUAUUCAAAGGAAAGACAAUGCUGUCGUUCACAGCUACUGGAGGAGUUUCUCGGGGUUUGCUGCCCACUUGUCGAUGAAGGAGGCUCGAUUGAUCGCUCAGAAGCCCGGAGUCGUCUCAGUUUUCCCUGACAGGCUGCUGCAGCUCCACACAACCCGCUCCUGGGACUUCCUGAACUAUCAAACAGACUUAUUAAUCGAUUCGAGACCUACGUCAAACUCCGAUUCUCCCCCAUCUCAGGAGUCUUCAGACACUAUCAUCGGUCUCUUGGAUUCAGGAAUUUGGCCAGAGGCUGAUAGUUUCAGGGACGAGGGCAUGGGCCCGGUCCCGUCACGGUGGAAGGGAGUUUGCAUGGCAGGGGACAGUUUCAGUUCCUCCAACUGCAACAGGAAGCUGAUAGGAGCAAGAUUCUACAAAAGCGAUUUCAGUACUGCGGAUGCAGUCGACCAAUCGCCUCGGGACAGACUUGGCCACGGGACUCACGUGGCCUCUACUGCCGCGGGAAAGCCCGUCUCCGGAACAUCCUACUAUGGUAUUGCUGCUGGGACUGCCAAGGGAGGAUCCCCAGGGUCACGAAUCGCUGCCUACAGAGUCUGCCUUACUACAGGCUGUCGUUCGUCUGCCAUCUUAGCUGCAUUUGAUGAUGCCAUCGCGGACGGGGUCGAUGUGCUGUCAGUCUCACUGGGGGCCUCAGCCUCCUCAGGGCUCGACUUGAGGGCCGACCCCAUCGCAAUUGGGGCUUUCCAUGCAGCACAGCAUGGGAUUCUGGUGGUGUGCUCAGCAGGGAACGACGGGCCUAACCCAGGUUCGGUUGUGAAUGCUGCUCCCUGGAUUCUGACCGUGGCUGCAUCCACCAUCGACAGGGAUUUCGAGUCGGAUGUUGUGUUAGAAGGAAACAAAGUGAUCAAGGGAGAAGCCAUAAAUUUCUCUCCUCUAGAUAAAACUCCUGUUUACACGUUGAUAGAUGGAAAGUCGGCUAAGAAAAGAGAUGCAGAUGCAUUAAUGGCAAGGAAUUGCAACCCAAACACGAUGGAUGAGCUCAUGGUCAAGGGGAGUAUUGUUCUCUGCUACAAUGAUGAUGGUGGGUACAGAGAAAAGAACAAGAUGGAGGAGGUGAAGAGCCUUGGAGGGAUCGGCAUGAUCUCGGUGAACGAUGAAGGGAGAUCGGCCGCGUCCAUCUACAAGUCGUUACCUGUGACUGUUGUAACUUCGGAUGACGCUGCCAAGAUCCUAGCAUAUAUUAACUUGAACUCCACGAGAACGUCGGUCGGGACGAUCCUAGUGACAACCACAGUUGAAAAUUACAAGCCAGCACCUGUCAUGGCAUACUUUUCAUCCCGGGGACCUUCUUCCUUGACAAGGAACAUUCUCAAGCCAGAUGUUACGGCACCUGGAGUGGACAUUCUCGCUGCUUGGAUCGGAAAUGACACCAAGGGAACUCCGGGAAAGGGAACCCCCGCAUUCAGUGUGUUAUCAGGGACUUCAAUGUCGUGUCCUCACGUGUCGGGGAUUGCUGCUGUAGUGAAGUCUAGGAACCCGUCGUGGGACCCCUCUGCGAUCCGAUCUGCCAUCAUGACGACAGCUACUCAAACAAACAACUUGAAAAGCCCCAUAACAACGCAUACGGGAUCGGUAGCUGCAGCAUACGAAUAUGGUUCAGGACAAGUGAACCCGGCUGUAUCCCUUAACCCAGGACUGGUUUACGAGACGAAUGCCUCCGACUACCUGAACUUCCUCUGUUACUACGGGUACAGCAUCACCGAUAUAAAAACUAUUGCUGGAAAUGCCUCCGACGGAUUUUCCUGCCCUGCUGACUCAAAUGCUGAUCUCAUAUCGAAUAUGAACUACCCCUCAAUAGCAGUUUCUGGGUUCGACGGCAAAGGAAGCAGGACCAUCACCCGAACUCUCACAAAUGUUGCAGGAAACCAAGAGACCCCUUAUGCUGUAAGCAUUGACGCACCAAAGGGGCUAGCUGUUAAAGUAAUUCCAGAGAAACUCGUAUUCGGAAGAGAUGGUGAGAAGCAGAGUUAUCUAGUGCUCUUCUCAGCGUCAUCUCCAGUGAAGGACGACCUACUCGGCUCGCUCACGUGGUCCAAUGGAAAAUAUAGUGUCCGAAGUCCAUUUGUCGUGAGCAGCAGUAAGCAUUAACUGUUAUUGCGAUUACAUGUAGAUGAUCUUUAUGUACGAGGUCUACAGAGUAAAUAUGUAUCGACCCAAAUAAGAGGAAACAAAGGAAAAACUAAUCAUACACCCAAUUUUCAAUUUUAUGA